AUGGCUCCAGCUAUUGGUAUCGAUUUGGGAACUACCUACUCUUGUGUAGGUAUCUUCCGUGAUGACAGAAUCGAAAUUAUCGCCAACGACCAAGGAAACCGUACCACUCCUUCCUUCGUUGCUUUCACAGAUACCGAGCGUCUGAUCGGAGAUGCCGCCAAGAACCAAGUCGCCAUGAACCCAAUCAACACUGUCUUUGACGCUAAGCGUUUGAUUGGUCGUAAGUUCGCAGACUCUGAGGUUCAAGCCGACAUGAAGCACUUCCCAUUCAAGGUCAUUGACCGUGCCGGAAAGCCAGUUAUCGAGGUUGAGUUCAAGGGAGAGAACAAGCAAUUCACACCAGAAGAAAUCUCUUCGAUGAUCUUGGUCAAGAUGAGAGAGACUGCUGAGGCUUACCUCGGAGGAACUGUCAACAACGCUGUCGUUACUGUUCCAGCUUACUUCACCGAUUCUCAACGUCAAGCCACCAAGGACGCUGGUCUCAUUGCUGGUCUUAACGUUCUCCGUAUCAUCAACGAACCUACCGCUGCUGCCAUUGCUUACGGUUUGGACAAGAAGAUUGAGGGUGAACGUAACGUUCUCAUCUUCGAUCUUGGUGGAGGAACCUUCGAUGUUUCUCUUUUGACUAUUGAGGAAGGUAUCUUCGAGGUCAAGUCCACCGCUGGUGACACUCACUUGGGUGGUGAGGACUUCGACAACCGUCUUGUUAACCACUUUGUUAACGAAUUCAAACGUAAACACAAGAAGGAUCUUUCUUCCAACGCUCGUGCUCUUCGUCGUCUCCGCACUGCUUGCGAGCGUGCUAAGCGUACUCUCUCUUCAUCCGCACAAACCUCCAUCGAAAUUGACUCUCUCUUCGAGGGUAUCGAUUUCUACACCUCCAUCACCCGUGCUCGUUUCGAGGAACUUUGCCAGGACCUCUUCCGUUCCACCACCACCCCAGUCGACCGUGUCCUCGCUGAUGCUAAGAUCGACAAAUCCAGAGUCCACGAGAUCGUCCUUGUCGGUGGUUCUACCCGUAUCCCACGUAUCCAAAAGCUCAUUACCGAUUACUUCAACGGUAAGGAGCCAAACAAGUCCAUCAACCCUGAUGAGGCUGUUGCAUACGGUGCUGCUGUUCAAGCUGCCAUUCUCUCUGGUGACACCUCCUCCAAGUCCACCAACGAGAUCCUUCUUCUCGAUGUCGCGCCAUUGUCUCUCGGUAUUGAGACUGCUGGUGGACAAAUGACCAAGCUCAUUCCAAGAAACACCACCAUCCCAACCAAGAAGUCUGAGGUCUUCUCUACCUUCUCUGACAACCAACCUGGUGUCCUCAUUCAAGUUUUCGAGGGUGAGCGUCAACGCACCAAGGACAACAACCUUUUGGGUAAAUUCGAGCUCACUGGUAUCCCACCUGCACCACGUGGUGUUCCACAAAUUGAGGUCACAUUCGAUCUUGAUGCCAACGGAAUCAUGAACGUCUCUGCUCUCGAGAAGGGAACUGGAAAGUCCAACAAGAUUGUCAUCACCAACGACAAGGGUCGCUUGUCCAAGGAGGAUAUCGAGCGUAUGUUGGCUGAGGCUGAGAAGUACAAGGCUGAGGAUGAGGCUGAAGCUGAACGUGUUGCUGCCAAGAACGCUCUUGAGGGCAAGGCUUACCAAAUCAGAAGCUCUUUGUCUGAGGCUGACCACGAGCUCUCCAAAUCUAUCUCAGACCCAGCUGCCAAGGCUGAGUUGCAAGCCAGCGUUGACAAGAUCGUUGCCUGGGUUGAUGAGAACCAACAAGCUACCAAGGAGGAGUACGCACAACAAGAGGCUGAUCUUGAGGCUGCCAUCAAGAAGGCUACUGCUGGUGGAGCUGGUGGAGCUGGUGGAGAACCAGCUCAAGAUGCUGAGAUCGAGGAGGUCGACUAA